UCCCGCCCCGGCUAUGGCCGCCGCCGGCUGCGGGGCUUGGGGCCCUGGAGUGCGGUUUUGAGUGGGCCCGGCUGCUGGGCCGCCGGCUCCCGCGCAUGGGCCUCCUCCGAAGCGGGGCCGCGUGCGCUCGGGCCAUGGCUCGCCUGGGCGCGGUGCGCUCGCACUACUGCGCGCUGCUGCUGGCCGCGGCGCUGGCGGUGUGCGCCUUCUACUACCUGGGCUCGGGCCGGGAGACUUUCUCCAGCGCCACCAAGAGGCUGAAGGAGGCCCGCGCUGGGGCCGCCGUGCCCACACCGCCCGCGCCGGAGCUGGCCCGGGGCUCCGCGGCGCCGGCCUCGGGUGCGAAGGCCAAGAGCCUGGAGGGCGGCGUGGCGGUCCCGGUGGACUACCACCUGCUGAUGAUGUUCACCAAGGCGGAGCACAACGCGGCGCUGCAGGCCAAGGCUCGAGUGGCGCUGCGCUCCCUGCUGCGCCUUGCCAAGUUCGAGGCGCACGAGGUGCUGAACCUCCACUUCGUGAGCGAAGAGGCCAGCCGAGAGGUGGCCAAGGCCCUGCUGCGGGAGCUCCUGCCGCCUGCCGCCGGCUUCAAGUGCAAGGUCAUCUUCCAUGAUGUUGCUGUGCUGACAGACAAGCUGUUUCCAGUCGUGGAAGCCAUGCAGAAGCACUUCAGCGCCGGCUCCGGGACCUACUACAGUGACUCCAUCUUCUUCCUCUCUGUUGCCAUGCACCAGAUCAUGCCCAAAGAGAUCCUGAGGAUCAUUCAACUGGACCUCGACCUGAAGUAUAAGACCAACAUCCGAGAGCUCUUCGAGGAGUUUGACAACUUCCUACCUGGUGCUGUUAUCGGCAUAGCCCGAGAGAUGCAGCCUGUGUACAGGCACACAUUCUGGCAGUUCCGCCAGGAGAACCCCAACACCAGAGUCGGGGACCCACCGCCUGACGGACUUCCUGGCUUCAACAGUGGAGUGAUGUUGCUGAACCUGGAGGCCAUGCGCCAGUCUCCGCUCUACAGCCACCUGCUGGAGCCGGCCUGGGUACAGCAGCUUGCUGACAAGUACCACUUCCGGGGCCACCUGGGGGACCAGGACUUCUUCACCAUGAUUGGCAUGGAGCACCCCGAACUCUUCCACGUGCUGGACUGCACCUGGAACCGGCAGUUGUGCACCUGGUGGCGGGACCAUGGCUACAGCGAUGUCUUCCAGGCAUACUUUCGCUGUGAGGGCCACAUCAAGAUCUACCACGGGAACUGCAACACGCCCAUCCCGGAGGACUAGGCACCAGCUUACCCACCAUGCCAGUGCGGCUCCCGGGCUGGGGAAGAGAGACUCGGCUAGGACACCCUUAGGGGGCAGGUGCCGCAGACCUCCCUCCCAGCUGCUUCCUGCCCAGCCGCCAUCCAAAGCAGCUCAGCUGAGCCCUGCUGCCGCCCGGGCUGUUCUCCUCCAGGGCGGCCUGAGGACAGACACAGGUGUCUUCCAGGAGGUGAUUUUGCUAGACCAAGUAUGCAUUUCGAGCGGCCUCUGUACUGCUCUGUGAGAGCAGAGGCGGGUGCUGCUUGGCUCCAGGGAGCACUGGAUGCCGAGUCAGGGUUUAACAAGCAGCCCAGGGCCUAAGCCUCCAAAGGAGUGCCACAGGCCCACAUCCUUUCCCAGGAGGCUUUGCAGCUCCUCCGGAUGUUCAUGUUGCUUGGUGCCAGCCUCAAGAGCAGCGCCUCUUCAGAUAGAGCCCGAGCACAUGCUAAUCCCGUGUUACAGCGUUCACAGGUCUUAUCCCACUACAUUCCAGAGCCCACCUUCUCUCGUCUGUCUACCUGCCCAGGGUGGCCUGACUCCGCUAAGGAACCAAAUCAAAGGACAGAGAUCGGCCAUGCCAAGGCAUGCGCUAGAUUCACGCCAAGGAGCAGCCUCAAGUCUCAAGUACCAGGUCACACGAACAACUGGGUGGCCUUGGGAAGAGGUGGCCUCCUGGUCUCAUUGCAGUCUCUGGAGAAGAAAGAAAAACAAACUCAUUAAUUUUCCACUGCACCAUGCCAGCCCCUACCCCUUCCCAGAAGUGAGGACCAUUUCUCUAUGUGUGCUUGAGAUGGACUCUGGAAGCCCCCAUGAAGCCCCCACAGGCCACGUCUGUACAGCCCAGUCAUGUCCUCGGCAAGAGAUGGGAGGUUCCUACUGCAUAUUCUCAGUACCCUGAGUGACGCUGGCUGAUAAAGAGUCUGAGGACACUGGAGUCGCGGUGUUUGUUCUCUGGCAGGGUGCAGGGCACAGGGCUCUUAAUGAACAGUAGGGUCAGCAGCAACCAGAAGACCUAAGGGACCAAGCGGAAGGCCUGCCCGUGGGUGCAGGGAGCCGUACUGUCGUGCUCGGUUCCAAGUGCAGAACUCUCUCCGUCCAGCUAUCGGCAGGUUCACCUGCUGCCGGGAGCAAGCAAGCCCAGACCUCCAUUCCAUCCACGCAGGUGAGGUGGCACACGCCUUCCCUGGCCCUCUGCUGGGCCCCGCUCAUCUGUUCUCCAGCUACUUGAUUUCCUAUUCAUAGCGUCUGGUUAUUAGAUGCCUGCGGUGUGCCAGGCAUCGUCUUAAGGAUUUAUAUGUGCCCUAGAUAAUAGUCAUGAAAACCUCAGCGAGUUCAUUGCAGCUCUAAAACUGAGGUAUGAACACAGACAUACGGACAGGUCCCCUGUGGUUUGUUUACUGAAGCUUCUCACUGUACAAAAGUGUUGGAAACAGCUUAAUGUUGACCAUGGAAGCAGAUAGAUAAUGCACACUGCAAUCACAUGGUGGAAUGAAUAUAUUAGGAAUCAUAUUUAAUGCACCAGGAAAUACUCAUGGUAGUGAGUAAAGAAUUCACAAUAUAAGAUUGUAUUGUGUCCUUUUAUUUUUUAAUUACAUGUAUGUGUGUAUCUAUAUGUAUUUGUGUACAAACAGGUACAUACAUGAAAUGCAUAUGUAUGUGUGAAAAGAAAGAUCUAAGAACAAGCCUAUUCUGUAUUUCAUUAGUUCAGUGCCUCAAAGACCAUGUUUCAGCCACAUUAACCAAACAGCUAUCUCAGUUAAAGCUGUUAGGGGCAGGGGGAUUAAAGGGCAGGAACUUUUUUAAACCUAAAAUAACAGAUUAAUUUUUCAUCAAGAAUUGGUUUUUGAUCUGGAGAGAUGUCUCAGUGGUUAAGAGCACUGACUGCUCUUCCAGAGGUCCUGAGUUCAACUCCCAGCAACCAUACGGUGGCUCACAACCAUCCGUAAUGGGGUCAGAUGCCCUCUGGUGUGUCUGAACAGAGCGAUGGUGUACUCACAUACCACAAACAAACAAACAAAUAAAUAGAAUUAAAGUGUUUCCAAAGCUA